UCUCUCAAGACGCCCACCACGGCAACCUUCCCCACUGAUGCUCUGCGGUCUGCCUCGUCUGUCAGGACACCGCACUCGGCCGCAUCGCUCAAGGGACCGCUGUCUGCCGUCGGCCUCUUUUCUGCCGGCCUGCCCUCUGCCGGCCUUCCAUCAGCACCGUUCGACUACCCACCAACUCCCAGCAUGCUGUCGGCAAAGAUCGAGGAGAAACCAACGGAGAAGACCCCCAUCACGCCUCCGUUGGCUUACAUGGACUUCCUCAAGACUAUCAACCCUGCUUCGCCCGCCAUGGCGAGCCCUCCGCUCACGGCUCCCCUGCCGAGCAAGGCCUCCCUGAAGCGAACCUCGACUGGAGACAGCGUGGAGACGGUCCAGACAAUCAAGACGGAAGACGCUCCAGACAGCACCACAGAGGAAGAGAUCGACAGCGCGCCCACCUCUGCCACCACCACUGACAGCACCGCCACGGACUGCAGCUGUCCCGAUGGCGACCACAAAGACAAGGCGUCAAAGCCUUCACCCGCACCUAUCUCCACUAGGCAUCCGGCUUCACCAGCCGCCACAUACCCGCUCUCGGCCCCUGCCACAGGCCCAGCUACGUUCCCAAGCCUGCGUGUCCCGCCCAGCCCGGCGGUAGACAGCCCUGUGCGCUCACCCUGGAGUGCACGGAGCCUCAAGAGCCCCUUUGACUGGGAAGCAGCGCUGAAGGCGAGGAGGCAUGCAGAGGUUCUACUCCCGGCCCCUACCAGUGCCGGCCCGACUAGCGCAGGCGCCCAAGCGGGCCGGUGCGAGAAGAAGGGAACAAGUGUGAGGCAUAUUCGAGAGGUGGUCACCAGAACGGUCACGUAUACGCCGAGGAUGGAUCCCGCGCCAAGGGGGAAACGGAGGAAAUUGAACGAUGCAUCUGCUGAAUGAGACGACGAUGCAUGAAACAAAAAAAAAAAAAAGGAGAAAAAAAGGAGGAGAGGAGGAAGCAAACAAGAGGGACAGAGGAUCAGAAGCACCACAUUCUCGCGAGAACACACGAGUUUACAUCACACGACAUCAGACCAUCAAUCACUCUACGCCUUAUUUCCUUUGUCAGCCAACGAAUUGGCCCAGCCAUCAACUAACACCACCCUCGACUAUCAACUCAAGGGCUCUUAUCUACACCAUCCCAACACAAUAUCUCCUUUUACGUUGAUGAUCGUUCAUGACUUGCAUUCCCCCAAGAAAAUCCAUCCAAAAGGAGGAAUACGGAGUUGCGAGGCGAAACUUUUUUUGGAGGAUACGAAAUCUGAGGCCUCCCCGGCCAUCUUGCUUUGGACAUGUCUGUCACACACAAUCAAUCACAUGGGCACCCGGCGUUGCAGGCGGCGUCUCCGACCACAUUAUGUAUGGAAGCUGGGAGAUACCAUCGGCGGAUACCUACUUUUGCCCAAACCUGGGGCUGCUGUUUUUCCUUUUCUUGUUCUUCUUUAACUUGCUUUACUGCAACGGAAUGAGCUUUAUGUCUAUGCAACUGCUAUGCAAAUGGCCAUCAAGCUAGGCAGGCAGUUCUUGAACGAAUGCAAUCAUAUAUUUAUUCAG